AUGGCCAUAAAAGGACAAGGAAGGGAACUUAAUGGACUGCCAGAAUGCAAGGAAUGCCUGGUGUUCCUUGGGAACCCCCUUCCUUCCGCCUUCCCUCCCCCUCAACUACUCUCUCUCUCCCUCUCUCUCUCUAAAGUUGCUGAGAAACUGACAACAAACAAAGAUGUCGAUUCAGAUGAAAAAGAGAUUCUCAUAGAGGAGAUCAGAGCCAAGACAGACAGAGCCGUAGAGCUUGAGAACUGGUUGAAGAGUUUGAAUGGACGGAUAAAGUUACUGGAGGAGAUUUUGGAGUCAGCAGAGGACAGGAACGAUGAGCAAGAGUCGGAAGUCGGUUCUUCUCUGGAGAAGGAGCUAACAGAAGCCACAAACUCACUGAAGGAAAGGGUUGUCAGUGAUGAAAGGAGGACGUAGAUGCCGCUGUGAACAGAGGUGUGUGAGGGGGCCAAGAAGGCAGCGGUAGAAUCGACUACUGUCUGCGCUGAGCGCCUGUAGCGUCGCCAAACCUUCCGAGUGAGAAAGAUUAGUCUGUGAAACGUGUGUGAGUUUUGCUACACUCAAUGAUUUGUUAAAAACUAUAUUCACACGGUCAAUGGUGUUUUAGAGUCUCUGUUAGAGUAC